AUCAACUGCAGAGUCAAGUAGACUGAAGCAAGAAGUGACAUUUGCCGAAGACCCCUAGUGAAACGGUGGCACUCCGGAGUGUCGGAAAUGCCAGUUCGCAGGCUGCAAAACGCGUGCUGUGCGUCACAGAAAAAGGGAAGCGCAAUCUUUACUGUUUAAUUAGCAAUUCUUAAUUAGGCUUCUGGCUGGAGUAAAUCAUGAGCAGGCUCUUCAUAGGAGGGAAAACAAUCGAGCUGGCUGGGGGGAUCCAAUAAAAAGGUCUGGCUUAUUAUUAGUGGACCUGGCUUCAUGUCCUCAAAUAUGCCAUCAGUGCACUUCUCCGAGAUUACUACGUCUAUCAUUUUAGAGACUGGAGUUACCCAAAGUGUCCCAAAGCUUUUCUAUCCUCGAGAAGGUGCUGACAGGGUUUAUUUCUUGGAUUCUUCUGCACAUGGUUUGGAAACCAUUCCAGAAGAUAUCCUGAGGAUGAAGCAUCUUGAAGAGCUUCACUUGGAGAAGAACUCCAUUAGGUUUAUACCCAGUGGGAUAAAAAACCUUGAACACCUCCAUGUUCUCUAUCUGCACGAAAACAGCCUGGAGAGCCUGUGUGAUGAGCUUGGUGAACUUCAUCAAUUGCAGUGUCUUGAUCUGAGUGACAAUCCUCUGACAUCGACGGAGGAGACUCUCCGGCCACUAAGUUGCCUUUGGGACUUGCAAGAGUUGAGGCUCUAUAACCUUGGCAUCAAGGAAGUCCCCAUCUUGAUAUGCAAAAAUGUUUACAACUUGCAGCUGCUUGGCCUUUCUGGCAACCAGCUUUCCACUUUGCCCAAAGAGAUUGUCAAUUUGACCAAACUUCAAGAAAUUUACCUCCAGAGAAACCUGUUUGAAGAGUUCCCCACUGUAUUGUGCCAACUUUCUAACCUGGAAAUUGUGGACCUGGAGCAGAAUGCCAUAAGCUGCGUGCCAGAUGAGAUUGCAUUGCUGCAGAAUCUGACCAAGCUUUUCCUGGCGUCCAAUCGUGUGUGCUUUGUACCUCAAUCCCUUUCACAGUGCACCGGCCUUACCUAUCUUGAUGUGACCGCCAACUGCAUCAGCAAAGUGCCAUGGAACGCUCUGACAGGCCUUGUGGAGCUCGCGCUGUCUUACAACAGGCUCCGUAUUUUACCCUCACAUGUGAGCAAGCUGGCCUUUCUGCAGGUGCUCUACCUAAAGAAUACAGGCCUACGGAACGUGCCAUGUCACAUUCGCCAGCUCUCUGAACUGCGUGUUCUGGAUCUCAGCCAAAACCGCUUCAGCACCUUUCCAGUUGCCGUCUGCUCUCUGCCCCGCCUGGAGAUGCUAUCAUUAGAUGACAACAAAUUAACACAGCUGCCUGCAGACAUCAAGGAGCUCACCCAGCUGAAGAAUCUGGGGUUGACCGGCAACAGGUUUGAAAUUUUCCCAGAGGAGAUCUGCUUCUUACCUGCUCUGGAGAAGCUGUACUUGGGGCAGGAUGAGGGGCUGAAACUUACACGUUUGCCGGACACAAUCUCUAUGAUGCAGAGCCUGAAAGAACUUUACGUGGAAAACAACAGCUUGACUGCUCUUCCUGCUGCCAUUGGCACUUUAGCCAACCUGAACAUUCUUGACUGUCAUAAUAACCAACUAACGGAGCUACAUGAUGGCAUCUGUAACUUACAAGCUUUAAAGAAGCUCUUCAUUCAGGGCAACCAGCUAAGUCGACUUCCCGAUGAUUUUGACCACCUGCAGACCCUUGAAGUACUUGAGCUGGAGGGUAACCCACUUUCAGAUCCCCCGAUGGAAAUAUGUACGACAGGAAUUGUGGCCUUGCACAAAUACCUUCAAGACAAGAGGAUGCGGCAGAUCAAAGCCACAAAGAUUCAGGCAUGGUGGCGGGGCUUGAUGGUGAGAAGGGGCCUAGGCCCAUUCAAGGAGCUCUUUGGUCAAAGAAUGGCAGCAAUCAAGGGCAAAGGAAAAAAAGGUGCACCACCAGCCAAAGGAAAGAAAGGAGCAGCAAGCAAACCAGCAAGUGGCAAGAAAAAGAAAUAAACAAGAAAAGAAGUCUGGGAAGUUUUUGAUAUAAUAACUACUUCUGUCAGAUUUUCUUAAUAAAAUAGGUAUUGAAAUGUGAAUGUAUUGUGAACUUCAAAAAAUGUCCAAAUGACUAACAUUCCUUUGUUAUGCCAUCCAUUUAUUACCCCAAAAUGGUUUCCUUCAUUAUAGGGCUGUCAGAGUGUACCCUAACAGUAUUUGGCACAAGUCAACAUUCCAAUCUUGAUUAGACAUUUACACAACACACAG